ACAAAUGCGAUGCAGGGAAUCCUGAUUUAUUUAUUUAUCUCGGUUUUUGUAACAAAGAAUCCUAAUUUUCAUUUUUGCAAUUUUAUUUUUUGGGCCCAACAGAAGAUUCCCCACCUAAUUUAAUGAAAUUUUAAGAUCCGGGUUCAAAGGGCAUUUGGAGUCCGCCAGCGCCUAUAUAAACCUCCCUCGGCCCCCUUCAUACUCGCAGCCACAACAUAGAGAGAAAGAGAGAGCUAGAGAGUGAAACAGAGAGACAGCAAAGCAAGUCCAGAAAGAGGACACAGAGAGAGCGAGAGACAGGCAGUCAGAGAGAGAGAGAGAGAGAGAAAAUGGGCGGGUGGGCAAUCGCUGUUCACGGCGGCGCUGGUGUGGAUCCCAAUCUCCCGAUGGAGCGUCAGGAACAGGCCAAACAACUCCUCACUCGCUGCCUCAAUCUUGGCAUCUCUGCUCUUCGUUCCGAUCUCGCCGCCAUUGAUGUUGUUGAGCUUGUUGUGAGGGAAUUGGAAACCGACCCCUUUUUCAACUCCGGCCGUGGAUCGGCCCUCACUGAGAAAGGGACGGUGGAGAUGGAAGCCAGCAUCAUGGAUGGGCCCAAGAGACGAUGCGGCGCCGUAUCGGGCUUGACCACCGUUAAGAACCCGAUCUCGCUGGCACGUCUCGUCAUGGACAAAUCCCCUCAUUCCUACCUCGCCUUCUCCGGCGCCGAAGACUUCGCCCGGCAACAGGGAGUUGAGCUCGUGGAAAAUGAAUAUUUCAUCACUGAGGAAAAUGUGGGCAUGCUCAAGCUAGCAAAGGAAGCCAACACCAUCUUGUUUGAUUACAGGAUCCCACUUGGAAUGGAGAGUUGCAGCUCAGGUGUGGAGAGCCCGUUGCACAUGAACGGGCUCCCCAUUAGCGUCUAUGCCCCCGAAACUGUCGGUUGCGUGGUGGUGGACAACCAGGGGCGCUGCGCUGCGGCCACAUCCACUGGUGGGCUCAUGAACAAAAUGACGGGCCGCAUUGGCGACUCACCCCUGAUUGGUGCUGGCACGUAUGCGGGUGACUUGUGCGGGGUCUCGUGCACGGGAGAGGGCGAGGCCAUCAUUCGCGGUACAUUGGCGCGUGAGGUGGCAGCUGUGAUGGAAUACAAGGGCCUGGGCCUACAGGAGGCUGUGGACUUUGUGAUCAAAGAGAGGCUUGAUGAUGGGAAGGCCGGGCUCAUAGCAGUGUCCAACAAAGGGGAAGUGGCAUGCGGGUUUAAUUGUACUGGGAUGUUUAGGGGCUGUGCAACUGAGGAUGGGUUCAUGGAGGUUGGGAUUUGGGAGCAGUGAGGGACUUUGAAAGUGAAAAGCUUUCUGGGUUGCUUUGGAUACUGAAAUAGUUGGUAUCUAGGCUUCUCUUUCUGGAUUUGCUUUGUUGUUGGUGGUGGCGUUCUGGAUACUGCAUUGCUUGUAUCUGGAGAGGAGGCUCUCUACAAUCAGGAAAGGCAUGCCACAUUAGGUGUAAGUUGUAGUUUAAGUGGGCCAUGCACUUUACUGAUAAUCUCGAAAUAAAAGCCCAAGGCAUUUUCCUAAACUUUGAUUUAUUAGUUACUUUAUUAUUAACUUAUUACCAUCUUAUAUGUAAUUUUAUAAAUGGUCAGCUACGGGAAACACCAAACUAUAGGGUAUAUGCAAAUUGGAAUACACGAACUAUUGAGCAUUCAUAAACAGCUAAAAUGUAGCAAUGGUCCUGAACUAAGAUCCAACUUUACUUUUCGUCUUUCAGUUUUUAAAAUUGUUAUGGUCCUUCAAUUAGA